GCACCACCACAGCGCACUGCGACCUGUGUUUGCUCUUUUUGCCUUCCUUUUCUUUCUCUCAAAGAAACAAUCAGCAAAAAAAACGCCUUCGAUUUCUUCUAAAACCCAAUUGAGAAAACAACCUUGAAUUCUUGAGUGAAAGUUGGAGUUUCCAAUGGAGUGGGUUCGAGGGGAAACCAUUGGAUGUGGAAGUUUUGGCACUGUCAAUUUGGUGGUGCCUAAAAAAGGCUUUUCAGGAUUUCCUUUAAUGGCUGUCAAGUCUUGUGAAACUAUCGACUCUGUUUCUCUCAAAAACGAGAAGGAAGUGCUUGAUCAACUUGGUUUUUGCCCGCAAAUUAUCCGUUGUUUUGGCGGUGAUUAUAACAUUGAGAACGGUGGGAAGUUUUAUAAUUUGUUCUUGGAGUACGCUAGCAAAGGAAGCUUGGCUGAUCAGGUUAAGAAAAGCGGUGGAAACUUGAUAGAAUCCGAGGUUAGAGGAUAUGCAAGAUCGAUACUUAAAGGGCUACGCUUUAUUCAUGCCAAAGGGUUUGCUCAUUGUGAUAUUAAACUUCAAAAUAUUCUUUUUUUUGGUAAUGGAGAUGUAAAGAUAGCUGAUUUUGGAUUGGCAAAGAGAAACGGGAAAGGAGAAGGAGAAGAACAGAGGAGGAUGGAAAUCAGGGGAACUCCUCUCAAUAUCGCACCAGAGUCGGUUAACGAAAACGAGUAUGAUUCACCGGUGGAUAUCUGGGCACUUGGAUGUGCUAUUGUUGAGAUGUUUACAGGGAAACCAGCCUGGAAUUUCAAACCAGGAACAAACGUGGCGGCUUUGUUGAUUAAAAUUGGGGUCAGUGAUGAAUUGCCUGAAAUUCCUGUGGAGUUAUCUGAGGAAGGAAAAGAUUUUCUUGGAAAGUGUUUUAUUAAGGAUCCAAAGAACAGAUGGACUGCUGAGAUGCUCCUGGAUCAUCCUUUUAUGGGUGGUGAUGAUGAGACUAUUGCAAUGAAUCGAUGCGAAGAAGAAGCAUCAUCAUCUCCUCAAUGUUCUUUUGAAGAAUUUUCAGCAUCACCAAGAUGUCCUUUCAAUUUUCCAGAUUGGGUUUCAACUGAAUCAACAACUUCUUCUCAAUCAAUAUUCCAAGAGAAUUCAAGCCUCGUUUCUUCGUUUUCAAGUUACAUUUCAUCACCUUUGGAUCGGAUUCGUAAAUUGGCUUGUGAUCAGGCACCCAAUUGGUCUGUUUCCGGAAGCUGGAUCACCUUGAGGUAGAAGAAGAGAAAAGUUAGUUUAAUUGCCUUCAUCCAAUCUGACGGCUCUGAUCCAAUUGGUUUUCGUUUUUUGGUGGCAAUUGGUGAUGAUUUUUUAUUGUAAAUGAUUAGGAAAACAUUCUAAGACUGACAUUCUGCUCGUGAAGAGUUCUGAUUGGCUACUCAGGUAGCCGCAGAGUGUACAGGCCAUUCUUUAUUUUUAAUUUUGUCUGAAUAUAAAAGAUUUUCCAAUUCCUUUCCCAACAAAUAUUGAAACUUGGCAUUUGGAGAAAAUUAUACCCUGAGUUGUUAAGAAUUUGUUGGGAUGCUUCAGUUCAA